GGAUAUCCUUCAAUAACGGAGCUUAGGUCAUUUCCCUUCUUGUGCAGGAAAGUGUCAAACAACCCCCAUCAGCAUGGCUCACAGAACGGGACACAAGCAUCACCCGAGACCAAAGACCAACUCCUGGAGAAUGAGCCCACGGAGGAAGAGCAACGGAGACUCAAAAAGAAACCGAGCGAGUGUUCUGUGCUGCUCUUCCCCGGGCAGGGGAGUCAGUUCGUGGGUAUGGGUCGCGGGCUUCUGAAAUACAGAAACGUUAAGGACAUGUUUGGCGUCGCGCAGAAGAUACUGGGCUACGACUUGCUGUCUCUGUGCCUAGAUGGACCAGAGGAGGAAUUGAUGAAGACAGUCCACUGUCAGCCCGCAGUGUUUGUCACAUCACUGGCAGCUGUGGAGAGGCUGAACCACGAAAAUCCAGCGGCCAUUGAGAAUUGUGUGGCUGCUGCAGGAUUUAGUGUGGGAGAGUUUGCAGCCCUGGUGUUUUCUGGUGCCAUGGAUUUCGCAGAAGCGCUGUAUGUGGUGAAGGUGCGAGCAGAGGCCAUGCAGAAAGCGUCAGAGCUGAUCCCCAGCGGCAUGCUGUCGGUAAUGGGACGGCCCCAGGCUAAGUACAAACAUGCCUGUUUGCAGGACGGGAGAGUCAUCGCCGGCCACAAAGAGGCACUGGACUUCCUACAACAGAAAUCGAGGAAACUUCACUUCCUGCGUGCGCGGCCGCUCCCGGUGAGUGUGGCCUUCCACACGGCGCUGAUGGAGUCUGCCACCGAGCCCCUGAGAGACGUCCUCAGACAGGUGGAGGUACGUCGGCCCGAGAUCAACGUGUACUCCAACGUGGACGCCAAGCGCUACAUGCACGAGGGCCACGUGCGCAGGCAGCUGGCCAAGCAGCUGGUGUCGCCAGUGAAGUGGGAGCAGACCCUCCACGAGGUGUUCGAGAGGACCCAGGGUCAGAGCUUCCCCCACACCUACGAGGUGGGCCCCGGGAAGCAGCUGGGGGUAACGCUGCAGAAGUGCAACAUGAAGGCCUACAAGAGCUACACACACGUGGAUGUCACCACCCACGAUGACUGAGAUGAUUAUGGUCUGAGGAGUAAGACAGGACUCAUGGAUUUGUGAAGAGACUCGUAUCAAUACAGUACAGUCUACAUACUGUACAGUAUACACCCAUUGACAAUCACCCAAAAUGAGUAAAACAGUACUAAAGACAUUGACACACAUACAUUACCUACAGUAUACUUCCUUCAAAGUGACAGAAAUGACUCUGUCCAUAUGAACUCAUUCAAGUGAGCUUCCACCAAUUAAUAAAUACCUGGUAUUUAUGAGAGUCAA